GGCGGGGCGGACGGCGUCCCCUUUUCCGUGCCCGAUAACAGCGAUUUCUGCUUUAUUUGGAUUAGUCAGAGUUAGCAUUAGCGUUAGCUUAGCGAUAGCGCAGAAGCUAACGCUUCGACAUGGACAGGGAGAAAAUCGGAGUAAUCCAGUGUAACUCGGGAUAACGCGCGUUUGUGUCUCGUUACACAAUUAAACCAGUUUACAGUAAUAUUAAUAAUUCAGCGAUAGCGGUGUGUCGUGUGUAGUUAUAUAAACCUCCAGCUAGCUAACUAGGCUAACUAAAGGGAGUAAUUAGCGGUUCCACAAACUUUCCUGAGUGGACACAGCGCUGUUAGCAUUGUCUUAUUUAUCUUUAUUUACAGUAAAACCAUGGAUUUCAGCGUCAGGAGACUGGCGGCGGACGCUGGGACUUUUCUCAGCCGUGCAGUUCAGUUCACAGAGGAGAAGCUGGGCCAGGCGGAGAGAACCGAGCUGGACGCUCACCUGGAGAACCUGCUGACCAAAUCCGAGUCGACUAAACACUGGACGGAGAAGAUCCUGAAGCAGACGGAGGUGUUACUGCAGCCCAAUCCCAAUGUGAGGAUGGAGGAGUUUCUGUACGAGAAGCUGGACAGGAAAAUCCCAACACGGGUCAACAACCACGAGCUGCUGGGGGAGUGCAUGAUCGACGCUGGACACGAGUUCGGACCUGGAACAGCAUACGGCAGUGCUCUGAUUAAGUGUGGUGAGGUGGAGAAGCAGCUGGGAGGAUCAGAGCGAGAGUUCAUCCAGAGCUCAGCCAUUAACUUCCUCACUCCCUUCAGGAACUUCAUCGAUGGAGAUUAUAAGACCAUCUCAAAGGAACGUAAGCUGCUACAGGUGAAACGCCUCGAUCUGGACGCAGCUAAGACACGGCUAAAGAAAGCUCGAGUAGCAGAUGCUCGUUCUGCUGAGUGUAGCUCCACCCCCUCACCAGGAGAGGAGUACGUGUUUUCUUACAUGUUCUCCUUCUUGCAUGUCAGAUGGCUGAAGUUUUGGGCUCAGGAGGUCCAGCAGGCAGAGAUGGAGCUGAGGAUAGCUCAGAGUGAGUUUGAUCGGCAGGCGGAGAUCACCAGGUUACUGCUGGAGGGAAUCAGCAGCACUCAUGCUCAUCACCUGAGGUGUCUGAGUGAUUUUGUUGAUGCUCAAGCUGUGUAUUAUGCUCAGUGUUAUCAGUACAUGGUCAAUCUACAGAAACAGCUCGGCAGUUUUCCUUCAGCUUUCUCCUCCAAUAAUAAUCAACCUGCUGCUUCUGCUGCUGGAAUUUCUGUCCCUGCAACCUUGCCUGCGACUCUGACCCCGACCCCCACCGUGACCCCAGGUCAGAGUUCACCGAGCCUUAACGAUCUGCGGAACUCCUGCGGUCCACGGCGAGCGCGCGUGCUUUACGAUUACGAUGCAGCCUGCAGCAGCGAGCUGUCCCUGCUGGCUGACGAAGUGAUCACAGUGAACAGUGAGCCAGGCCUGGACUCUGAUUGGCUGAUGGGGGAGCGAGGACAUCAGAAAGGCAAAGUACCCAUCACCUACCUGGAGCUGCUCAACUGAGAGAACACACACACACACACACUCCAAACCCAUUUCUAAUGUGUGAUUUCAUUCUCCAGUGUUUGUGCCUUUUUGCUCAUGAAUAGCCAAAAACAGACUUUAGAAUGUCAUUAAUGUGCCAGAAAAAGAUUUAUUUUAUAUUCAGUGUGUGACUUUAUAACAAAUCCAGAAUGCUAUGACAUGUUAUAAUGCUUUAUAAUUAUACCAGGUGUUAUCAUGCCAAAUGGAAUAAUUAUUACUGUUUCUUUUGGAGAUUAUGAAGGAGAGCAUGAGCCUAAUCCUGUUUGGGAUUUUUUUUUUUUUUUAAACACGCCCUUAUUGACUUUCCCUUGUCCACUCAGCCGUGUUGAGGUCAUGCUACAGGUCAUUAAAAUGGAAUGAACCCUGCGGACUUUAGGAACAGUGUUUAAGCUGUGAAUAUAAAGAACAUCUGUUCAGUACAUCCAUUUCUGUGUGUUUGUGUAAAGCAGUUAUAAUGACUUGGAGACCUGUGGUCUGAGUAACAGAGCUGAUGUUACGCCGUUAAACAGUUUAUUUAUUAUUAUAACUGGUCAGUGAAACCCCUAUAUUUCUAUUUACACAGAGCGGUCACUCUUUCGGGUCGAAGGUGUCCAACGCCGUGGCUUCCGCAGCAGUUUGUAUCCACUCUGUUUCAGAGGAGUUCUCGAUGAGAGAUUAUGUAAAUGAACCUGAAACCAUGGAGGACACUUCAGACUGAAAUAAAGUGUUUGUGUACAGUCCGUUUUUCGGAUAAACCCUCGGGUUAAAAAGAAAAA